AUGGCAUCUCAACUGCACUGGCCGAACAAGUACUUCUUCUAUCCUCUGGGAAACACCCCCGCGAUCUCCCUCACUCGCGAUAUCCCCCCACGCCUCCCGGCCUCUUUUCUGCUUUUGGGCUGCGGUGACCCUAGGAACGUCCUCUAUACGGUGCUCUGCGACAGACAAGUGUCGCGCAAGCUCGACUUCACUUGCUGUGACUGGGACCUCGGAGUCCUCGCUCGUAAUGCGCUCCAACUCUCGUUGAUCCUCGAUGACGGGCCUCAGGAUCUGCUAUGGAACAUAUUCUAUCACACGUAUCUGGACCAAGAUUCGAAGGAUCUGCUCGUAUCCCAAUGCCGACGACUCAUCGCGCUAGCAAAAACUCCUCAGACAUGGCGUGCCUCUUCGUACUUCGGGGUCAUCCGGUUCAGCACGGAUCAUACUCUUGCUGAGGUAUGCCGCUUUUGGCAGAGCUAUGUGGACAUGUACGAACUCCCCGAUGUUCGUUACGAGGCCCUUACCACCAAAUUUCGGGUUCAUUGUCAGACAGUGGUCGAGGAGAACUCUGGCAUCAUGUUCUCCCGCGGGGCUGGGCCGAUGGGACCGCGUGCUGCCGAAACUAUGACUGCCGUCUUCAAACAGUUCUGGAAGUCCGGCGUCAGUGCGGGCACCAGCACGAGCAAAGCGACGUUCCUCAACCCUACGUUCAUCUACUCUCGAGGAGAAGAAGCGACUUCAUUGCACUACGGCCAAUGUCCUAUCACCCCCUUCCAUCUUGCCCCCGCGUUUGACGGUGGAAAAAGUUCACCGACCGUCGCACAGGUCGUACGUUUAGCGAAAGACCAAUUUGCGACGUGGUGUACCGCGUUCCGAGUGGCUAGCGCCGGGGAGCAUGCACCUGUCGUACGCUUGAUAUGGGGCGAUGCACUGGCUGUGUCGUCUUCUUUGCGGGCCUUCGCUGAGACCGGAAGAAGCGAACCUGGCUUCUUGUACGCGCAAUGGUCGGCAAAGCCCAUUCGCUUCGAUAGUCUCGACUACGCGAAGGGAGAUGCGCCUACCACCUUUGACGUCAUCGACACCUCCAACUUGAACGAUCAUCUCGGGCUACUAAAUCUGCUCAUUGUCGCCGAGCCUCUCCUAGCCUCAUGCCACAGCGUGCUAUAUACCGAAGCUUUGACUGCUGCCGCCGGGACCGAUGCAGAAGAAUACGCACUGAAACUCCUAAGAACUGACUUCCCGACCCUGGCGUUGUUGUUAAAUUUAUGCCCAGCGGACUAUCUAUCUGGGUUUACCACUCGUUCCAACGUCGAUGAGGUCGUGUUCUUAAACACGUUUCGAGACGAGUUCGGAGAUAAUCGACAGUUCCAGCAAGGGUUGACGUGGAGACGUCCUACAUCUGGCGACAUGCUGUCUGGUCACAGUCUUGCCGUGUUUGAUGAUCGUCAGUUCGCGUCAUUAUUCUAUGCGCUUUACCGUGAGCUAUUUGACAGGAACGAACUUGGCCCCAUCGGCGAGCGGAUGCUCAAAAACCCUCGCGAAGUGUUGAAGAACACUCAAGAAACGCAAUAUACACGCGAGACUUUCUCCCUUCUCGUGAAAGUCAUUUGCGACAAGCACAGGCUAGACGCGAAUCGUCGGACACAGACCCUCCAGGCGUUUCUCAAGCUCUUGCACGACUCGUUCAACCCUAUGUCUACGGCCGGUCUGCACAUGCAGGAGCUAUACAUGCAUCUUUUUCGUCUUGGUCUUUGCGCAGUUGACAUAUUUCACAUUGAAUCACCACGUAUCGGACGUUUCGCGUCUUGGGAUCAUGUCCCAGAUCUUGCGCGAGUCAUACUCGUCGUACCUCGGGCGAAGCUCAAGGUCUUCGAGAACACAGGAAAGACGGGCAAUGCCAAUCCGUUCGAUACCCUGGCAGCGGCGGCGGCUUCGACACCACCUGUGCACGGCCUGCUUCUGACGAAGUCAAAUAUCAAUGUUUUCGCCUCUAUUCAUGUCGUGUUCGGGACAGCAACGCCCACCGGCAACCCCACUCGUCCUGGACUCACCAUACGCGAAGAUCCCAGAGGAUGGCUGGGCGAGGACCCUCUCCUUGUCUCCUUCAUCGUCUCCACAAAGCACCUGACCAUACUCAACAAGCCGGAGGACGUGGCGGUCGCCUUUGCCGUCCGCAUGACCAGCAUAACCGCCUUCCUGAGCCCAAAACUCGGGCAAGCACUCGUCGUUCAUCAAGCCCCGUUGAUGGACGGUACACAAGUGCAUGUCCUUCCAGUGACGUCCUCUGUGGAUCCUACAGCGGGACAGCAUCAUUAUCCUACCCACUCCUCGACCUCAUCUCGGUCGCCGCCGCCACAGUCGUGUCCAAACCUGGGAACAUCAUCAGUCUUCGUUCAGCUCAACGAGGAGUCAGAUCGUGUGAAGAAACUCGUUGGACGUGUAUCUGUCGAUGAACGCAAUGCGAAGCUAGCUUUCCAGACCGCAGGCGCAAACCCCAUCAUCUCUCAAUCCUCGCCUUGUACCGUGCGCAUCAGUCUCGCUGGCCGCACCCAGGACGUCCUCUUCCCAUACCCUGUCGUUGUUCACAACCACAAACUCAGGAUUGCACGCAAAUCAUGUUAUGUCGAAGUUGUGUUAGCGUUAUCCGGUGGCUUGCAAAGAGAUGGUAUGGCCAUCUGUCGGUUUCCGGUCGUUCACUCGCAGUCACAAGGAUCGACAUAUCCAUGGAACGUCCAUCGUGUCAAUCUUUCAGACCUUCCACGCAUCGACAUCCCAAAGCCCUCCGCGCCACUCGUUAGUUGGUUGCGGCCGCACGUCUCUUUAGCGAUGUCCGCGCGUGAGAUGUCCUUGCGCGAGCGCUCCGGGAACGACGUCUUGAUGUUCAUCAAGGAUACCAUCCACGCCCUAUUCAGCCAUGUCGCCGGCGCUGAGCAGAAUACACCGCAUCGCGUUUUCCAACUUCUGGACGAAUCAUCUCAGAACUUCUCCGAUACCGUGCUAUUUGUCGAUAGUCUACGACAUGACCUUGGAUCUGCAACGGUCGUCUGCCACGCCUACGUUUUGCCGCUUACACGCGAACUCGCCCCUCGCAUACACAACGCUCUGAUGCGCGCACCUGAGGGCCGUGGCAUUAUGAACAUCAAGAUCUAUCCGGGCGAGGGCGAAGUAUGGAAGAGACUAUUCCCCGCUUUUGCUGAGCGCUGUCGCACAUGGGAACAUACGGCCAACUGCGAGUACGUCGCUGUAGGCCGCAUACCGCUCAGCACCGAGAAGGCGCAGGAUCCACUGUGUAGUUGCGGUCGCGGGAAAGAUGUCGAGGGCAGUAUGAUGCUCACACGACCGGCGUUGAGGGAGCUUGCACCGCAUGUAACUCGCAUCGCGAUCAGCCCUAUCUUCUCCGUCUCCUAUCUCGAGCCGCUGAGGGACUUCUCUUCUCUCUCGUCCAUGACCGAGAAGGUUAUCGCUGGCAAAUGCGGACGUUGCUCCAGGACAAGUGGCAAGGAUAGUGGAAACCUCAAAACGUGCUCGAAAUGUCAUGUGAUGAAGUACUGCUCCGCAGAGUGUCAACGCGCGGAUUGGAAGUCGCACAAGCUAUUAUGUCAACUGGUCUGGUCGAAGGAAUGA